CCCGCUACUGAUCAAAGCCGCGUGGUGGAAUCUCUACACACCUAUUUUCCGGAUCCCUUUUCAACUACCUGUAGAUGUGGGAUUUAAGCGAAAACGAGCUUGCCUCGGAAUAUUCCGUCGCCUCGGAGGUUUAGGUACUGGGGGAUCUUUCUCUGCAGCCGGGCAAGUCUGGGAAACUGCAGAGCGGAACAUUGGUGACUAAUGAGCCAUCAUUGGGAAAAAAUACUUUGUUCAAAGCUGUGCCUGAAGUGGAAUCCAGACAGAGAAGUAGAGACAGAUUCCAGGUCAUUUUACUUGAUGCCCCUGAGUUUGGGUGACCUGGCGGCCGUGCACAAGCCAUGUCAGUGAGCCCUCAUCCCUGUGGAAUUCGGCUGGUUCAGCAGUGACGCACGUGGGGUCCUGAAGAUGUCGGUGUGUGGCGAGUUUGCUGAGCAUGUGUGGAAACCGGGUUCCUGCAAGAACUGCUUCCACCCCCGCAGUGCCCACCGGUCCAAUGGCAGCAGCGCGGUCCGUGCCAGGAACAGCUCAGCGGGGGAUGAGGAUGACGGCCUGACCCACUCAGCCUCCCACUGCAAGCCCACCAUCGCCGUCAGACCCACCAUGAUGAACCCAGACAUGCCUGACAUGCGGACAGACGUCAACAUGAACACUGAGCAGGAUAAUCAGAAGAGUCCAGUCGACAGACUAAGCUUUAAGAAGGUGUUGGACCUUAGUCCCUUGUAUAUAGACAAUAAUGGCUGCAGCAAGCCUCUGAAAGAGUCCUUUCUGCAAAGCACAGCUACAGGCAAGCUGGACUACACCGGCAGGCUCCCAGCAGGUACUCUGUCCCCAUCGUGCCUCCAAAAGGAGUCAGCGUUUAUCUUUGUGACCCAGGAAGAGGUGCGCGGUCCACAUGGUUUGAGAGAGAUUGGAACCAGUGACGCCUACAGGCCGCAGGUGACCUCUGUGAAGAGCACUUACACAGGCAGCAGCAGCCGCUGCCCGGCGGGGUUUGCACAGAGCCCAGAGGGUAAGACCUUUUCCUCAGGGAGCUGCGACAGAUACAGCGAAGUUAUUAAUGACUCAUGUGGCUCAGCAGCACAUGAACCUCAAGCACCCCUGGAGAUCGCCAUCAACAUCAUCACCGCCACCCCCACCACUGCUGGCAUCACUGGCAAUACCGAGCCAUCAAGCACUUCUCCCUGCCCUGGCUUUCCUGCUGACUCCACACUGCAGGCCCCUCAGGCUUGCGGUAGAGCCGUCUCUUUCCUCUCUGAGCCCACCAGUCUGUCGGACUCCUGCUCAUGCCGAAGCAGCACUGAUUCUCUCGCCGGCUCACAGGGGCAGGAUGUUUUCGGGCCGCCGGGACUGGACAGGCCCCAGGUCUUUACACCUUCAUCCAGCCCCCUGUCGAACACACACAAUGGGGACCCACGCAACGAGCCCAUCUACGCAGAGAGCACCAAACGGAAGAGGAGGCCGCAGGACGAGGGGCAGAACUCAAGUCCGGACGCGGGCCCAACUGCCGAAGGUCAGAGGGCGACGAUCACCGUCAUGGCCGUGCACACGGAGGAGGACAACCGCACGUUCUACCUCAGCAGCCCGGACUCUGCCGUGAGCACGCAGUGGUCGCACUUCAGCCCCACGGCCACCGCAGACCCCAGCAGCCCUGCUUUCAAGUGGCCUUCGAGCUGCCGUGGCUCGGAGACAGCGACAGCCUCCCUCCAGCCCAAGCCUCAAGCCAGCCCCCCCAUCCCUCCCAAGAUGAACUCCCGCUCUCCAAAACUGGGGACCUCAAGCCUUUCCCCAGUGCCCCGGCCAGAGAUGCCGGCGCACUCACCUUCCGCCGCACAGCCCACUCCCCAGAUGGAGCCCCCUGCCUCGGGCCCUGCCCUCACCGCUGCCGAGAGGAGGCACAAGAUGUACAACUCCACCUGGAACUGGGAGGGCCGAAUCGAGGAGGAGGAGGAGGAGGGAGGGGAGGAGGCCAUGCCUCGGAGCAGGGCGUCAGGCCUCAUCAAUGGGGCCGCUGUGUCGGAGCCGAGGGAUUGGAGCCCUGCAGCUCACAGCAAGGAGAGCACCCUGCCAGGCACGGCCAACAAUGGUGCCAGUCAGAAGCACCCGGGCAGCGGCGUGGAGAACAGCACACACAGCAGGGACAUGCUGGCCAAGGCAGCAUCUUUCACCACAGACCUGUCAGAGGCCAAGAGUGGGAGCCAUGACCCUGUUCCACCUCCACCACCUCCAAAGAAGAACCACAGGAUAUCCAGUAAGAUGAGUCAGAGCAGCUCAGAGCUAGACAAAGCCAGCCAGCAGGGCUCUGUGGAGAGCCUGACCCAUUCCCUGAGGGGCCUCAGGAGCAGCCUGGCUACCGCCUCCUCUGAUAGCCUACACUCCGACUCCAGGAUCCUCAGUGAUGGAGGUUUCCAGGAUGCCGCCCAUGUGGCUAGCCCAUCCCUGUAUCCCAGCAGCCCCCUGACUCCCUCUCCGGUGUCCCCUCAUCCUGACCCUUUCCCCAGCACUGGUGAGGGAUGCCAGGGGCAGCCACCCCCUCUCCCGGAGAAGAAGAUGGUCAACCGUACCGUGUCUGCACCCGGCUGCCCAGAACACCCGCGUUUCCCCCUCAGCGGCUCUGAGGACAACGUCUCCCGGCUGAGCCGCAGCAGGUUGGGCCUCCCAUCCAGCCCGGUGGACCGGCGGAACCUGUACUCCUCCAGCGAGUCCCUGGAGCGCUGCGCCCACCCACCCCUCAACCGCCCGCUGCGCUCCCGGACGCUGGACGAGCCCUCAGCCAAGGGGCGGGGCAGGCUGGGGGGCUGCUGCCGGGGGGGCGUCACCUCCUCGUCCUCCCCCAACCUCACCCCGUCCGCCGCCGCCUCGGGCUCCAGCCUCCAGCUGCAGACACUGCUCAGCAACAUGGACAGCCGCGAGGGCGUCUACUCCAAGCUAGGCGGGCUGUACGCUGAGUCGCUGCGGCGCCUGGCGCUCAAGUGUGAGGACCACUUCACCCGCAGCCAGAAGAACCCGCUGCGCUUUGACGAGAGCAACUGGUCCCUCUUCAAACUCACCUGCAACAAGCCCUCCUGCGAGGCCGGUGACGCUGUCUACUACUCAGCCUCCUGUGCCUCUGACCCCAGCAACUCCUACGCAGUCAAGAUCUGUAAGAACCAGACUCCAGAUGCCAAGCAGGGCCACCUAUAUGGGCUGACAGUUCAGCAGGGCAUGCCCCCCCACUUCAACCUGCAGCAGGACUGCGGCCACUUCAUCGCCUGUGUCCCGGUGAGCAUGCUGCCCCAGGAUGAGGCGUCAGGGCCCCUUGGGCAGACGGAGCAGGAGCGCGUGGUGGUCAUCACCCGGGAGGUGCCCCACCAGAGCGCGGCUGACUUUGUGCGGGAGUGGGCCCCUGUCCACCGCUCGCAGCCGGAGGAGUACGAGCGGCGUGUCUGCUUCCUGCUGCUGCAGCUCUGCAACGGCCUGGAGCACCUGAAGGAGCAUGGGGUCACCCACCGUGACCUCUGCCUGGAGAACCUGCUGCUGGUGCCCCGCCGCCACGGCCAGGGCGACGACCGAUACCAGAAGCAGCUCCCCCGCCUGCUCAUCAGCAGCUUCUCCAAGGCCAAGCAGCGGAGCCCCGACGACCCCGCCGCUGACCCCCGCCUCAAGCGGGACCACGCCCGGCUGGCCCCUGAGAUCCUUUCGGCCGCCCAGUACCGCAAGUUUGAUGAGUUCCAGACGGGAAUCCUGAUCUACGAGCUGCUCCACCAGCCCAAUCCCUUCGAGGUGAGCCCCAAGCUAAAGGAGCAGGACUACUACUGUGAGGACCUCCCGCCCAUCCCGCCCCUGUCCCUCUACUCGGCGGGCCUCCAGCGGCUGGCCCGCCUGCUGCUCCAGCCCGACCCCAUCAAGCGCAUCCACAUCCAGGAGGCCAAGCGUGCCCUGCAGAGCCUGCUGUGGGGGCCCCGCCGGGACCUGAUGGAGCAGCAGUGGGAGAGGCCCGGCGAGUCGCCCCGCCACGACGGCCUGCUCAACUGGCUGGACGUGAAGCGCGCCCUGCUGAUGAUGAAGUUCGCUGAACGCUCCCUGGAGCCCGAGCGCAACGCCGAGCUGGAGGACUGGCUAUGCUGCCAGUACUUCUCUGCCGCCCACCCGCUGUCCCUCUGCCACACCGCAGAACUGCUGUACUCCCUCAAGUGACACUGCAGGUGGCUCUGCCUUGUGUUCAACCUUCUCUUUUCCUUCAUUGUUUUGGUGGCUAAAACCCACAGUCACUGUGAGCUCUGACGCCCC